AUGGCCACAGUAGAAGAUGAUGAAGGUGCGAUAUUGACAAGACCGAAGAAAAAAUCAGGCCCUGAUCAAGCAUUGGAGAAAUUUGCACUCGCUACUGUUGCUAAAAAAAUAGAUGGUUUACGAGCAGAGUUUGCAACGCUGAAAACGUUUGUGCCGACAGUAACGUCACAAGCAGCAUUUGAUCGGAAUAAGGAUUGCAACCGAUACAACAAUAUCAUUUGUUACGAUCAUACGAGGGUUGUAUUGAAGUUCAAUGUACCUCCGGAUAGAGAUUAUAUCCAUGCUAAUUAUGUUCGAACAUCGCUCUGCAAUCUUCCUAACAAUUUUAUUUGUACACAGGGCCCAAUGGAUUCGACGGUAAAUGAUUUUUGGCGGUUAGUUUGGCAAGAGAAGCCAAAAACUAUCGUCAUGUUGUGUAAAGUAAUAGAAUGCGGUAAGCAAAAAUGCUCCCAAUAUUUUCCAUUGAAUCAAGGUGAAACAAAGCAAUACGGGAAGGUUAUCGUCAAGAACGUCCGAAAAACUUCAUCACCUUCGGAAAAGGUUUUUGAAGCAAUUCAAAUGAACGUCAAUGUGAAAGGAAAUACGGCAGUUGUAUUAACGCUAUUUAAAUGGUUAGACUGGCCAGAUUUCGGAGUGCCAACUUCUGGAAUGGGAAUGCUGCGAAUACUGCGACAAAUUCGGGAUCAGCCUCGGAGCACAGCGAUUAUUCACUGUUCGGCAGGUGUUGGCAGAUCGGGAACAAUAGUUGCAUGCGAGAUCUGCUUGAAGAUCCUUCUUGAAGGAAAAGAUCUCAAUGUGCUGGAUGUCAUAAAAGAAAUGCGAACACAGCGAGCUGGUGCCGUGCAAACGGAAGGGCAGUAUGUAUAUCUGCACAGGACACUCUGCGAGUAUAUAAAUGCUAAAAAAAUUGCUAAAGAGAAAAUUGCUGAAUUCUUUACUUCUUACUUGACUUAUGCAAGCAGUUGUAAAGGGGAAUAA